AUGGGCUGUCUGAGAUGCUGGCUGCCAGCUUUGCUGCUGCUCAGUGUGACUGGAUGUGACGUGGAGCAUCUCCAGGCAGAGAACCUCCAUCUUCUUCCCCCAGAUGAGCAUAACUUAGUCCUAAACCAGGGAAUGAGAGCGCUGCCCAGAGACUGCUAUGACAUGCUGAUGGCCGCCUCAGGUCAGGCCAGAGACGGCGUGUACCUGAUCCAGCCGGGCGACACCCCCAUCGUGGCCUACUGUUCCAUGCAGGAGGGAGGCUGGACGGUGGUGCAGCACAUCACCAUCAACAGCAGCGUGGAUUUCGAUCGCACCUGGGCCGAGUACAAGGGCGGCUUCGGGGACGUCACCGGGGAUCACUGGCUCGGGAACGAAUACCUCCAUCAGCUCACCCGCGGCCCAGCGCGUUACAAACUAGGAGUGAAACUCGUGGAUCAAGACGCCGUCACCAAGACGGGGGAGUACGAUCCGUUCCUGGUGGAGGAUGAGUCAUCAGCGUACAGGCUGAGGCUGGGGUUGUUCCAGGGCACGGCCGUAGACGCUCUGACCCUGGAUACAGAGAACUACCUGCAUGACAACCAGAAGUUCACCACCAAAGACAGAGACAAUGACAACUACUUCCAGAACUGCGCCAAACUGGAGUUUCAAGGGGUUCCAGGAGGAGGCUGGUGGUACGACGCCUGCGCUGGUGCCAAUCUGAACCGCAGGAACGUCAUCUACUGGCAAAAGGACUGCAACAAGGAGCGGCUGUGCAAAUACGCAUGGAUGAUGGUGAGACCUUCAGACACAGUUAAACUGGUUCCAAGUGGAGACUGCAAGAAGGAUGAGCUCUAA